GGGAAAGCUAGCAAAUGCAGAGGAGCAGCCGGGCGCCGGGCUCCCUGCGUCGUUGCCGCCGUCCGCUUGCCUGCUCGCCGGCGAUGAGAGAAUUGCGCGCAGGAGAUCUGAUGAAGCAGAACACUGCAUCAGUGACAUCUUAGAUUCACCUAUCCAGGACCCUCAGGCUGCCCUUAAUCUAGGUGUUCAGAAUAAGGUAGUCGACUUAUUUGAAAUGAUUGAAAAAAUGCAGAGAAGUCGUUUGGAUGAGCAAAGAUGUUCACUUCCAGCCACACUCAAGAGAGAAGAGGAAUACAUCCCAUACCCCAGCAUCCAUGAGGUAUUACAGAGGGGCUGGCCAUACCCUCUAAUCAUCUUACCACAGUUUGGAGGUUACUGGAUUGAAGGGACCUCUCACAGCCUUCCUGUAUCAGGCCCUGAAUUGCAAGAUUUGCCUUCUCCUUGCAGUGGCAAAGUGAGGUUGGAGUGCGAUCCAACAGCAAAGCUGUACCGCAAACACUUCCUGGGAAAGGAGCAUCAGAAUUUUUAUGCCAAUGAUUCAGCUUUGGGCUACUUGGUUCUUUCUGUGAAGUAUGAACAGGUUGAAGGGCAAGACAAUCUUCAUCUGUUGCUGAGAGCUCGAACGUCUACCAAGCAUGAUCUCAUCCCCAUCUCCUGCCUGACAGAGUUUCCUAAUGCUGUCCAAAUGGCCAAGCUGCUUUGUGAAGAUGUGAAUGUUGACCGCUUCUUUCCUGUGCUGUAUCCUAAGGCUUCCCAACUCAUUGUUGCAUUUGAUGAACAUGUCAUCAGCAAUAACUUCAAGUUUGGUGUCAUCUACCAAAAAUUUGGGCAGACCACAGAGGAAGAAGUCUUCAGUAAUACAGAAGAGAGUUUAGGCUUCUUAGAGUUUUUAGAUCUCCUAGGCGAUAGGAUCCAGCUGCAGGAUUUUCGUGGAUUCCGAGGUGGACUGGAUGUUACAAGAGGUCAGACAGGAACAGAAUCCAUCUACACAAAUUUCCGGGGCAAAGAGCUCAUGUUCCAUGUCUCUACAAUGUUGCCUUUCACAGAGGGAGAUGCCCAGCAGCUCCAACGCAAGCGCCAUAUUGGGAACGAUAUUGUGGCCAUUGUCUUCCAAGAUGAAAAUACUCCUUUUGUGCCCGAUAUGAUCGCAUCAAAUUUUCUACAUGCCUAUAUGGUGGUGCAACUCCAUCACAAUGCCAGUGGAGAGACACUGUACAAGCAACAACCAUUAGUCUAUGCUCAUACGUAG